AUGUUUUUUUUUGAAAAUUGUCUCUCUAUAGAGGAAGUUCGUUGUUCUGGUAAAACUGUUCUUGUUCAUUGUCAAGCCGGAGUAUCCAGAUCGCCAGCAUUAAUUAUUGCCUAUUUAAUGACUUAUUCAAGCCUGUCACUACUCGAUGCUUAUCAAUAUGUGAAAUCGAAACGUUCGGUGAUUGCACCAAAUUUCGCUUUUAUGGGACAAUUAUAUGAGUUGGAGUCGAAUUUGACAUCUGGUCGAUUAUUAAGACAAUCGGACGUAUUAGAUCCAAUGUUAAGAGCUAAUUAAUCACAAUUAUUGUUAUUAUUGAUAAUAUCGAAUUCAGUACUACCUGUCUUUUUGUUUAUCCAGUUAUCAUACUUUUUCACUGAAUUAUUUGUGCCGUUUGUAAGUCAGUGGUAUACACCAGUAUGUGGAAUGGGGAAUUUGUAAAUACUAUUCGUACCUCAGUCAGGCUGUAAAUCAGGUAAAAUACAUGCUACUGCUAUUUUCAUCUCAUACAACAAGCUUAUUCUGUUUUUUAUCUAUAAAUGAAUUCACAGGUUCAAUGUAAAACUUUCUCCUAGUAUAUUGUUACUAUUUGUCAAUUUUAAAAUGCUUUGUUUAUUUUCUCACAUUCACCUCAUUGUCUUUUUUUUGGAAAAAUAAUUGUUAGCAGGAUACAUUAGUUUUCAGAUGAUAUUUUUAUUCAGAUUUCAAUAUUUUUGAAAGAGAAAGAAGAUUACAACUUUUGUUUUAAUUUUGCUGUUUUGUUUAAACGAAUUCAGCAUUUUGUUUUGAUGAUUUUCAUUUAAGUUUAUGUGAAUGGAUUUUGUUAUCUUCAAUUAUAAUUUGGUUGUUAUUAUUAAUGGUAUUGUACAAAGUAUGAAUUUACGCUUGUUUGUCUGCUUGUGCCCGUGUGCGUGUGUGUGGACAAUCAGUUUACUUUUAUGAUUUUUUUGAAAUAUCAAUUUGAAUUCUAUUGUUGUUUAUAACGAUUAUUACUAAGGCAAGGUUAUCAAGAAAUACAAUUUCCUGAAUUGGGUGGGUUUUAAGGAGAUCACGGGAUUAUCCAUUUUUCGUUAAUAAAUGUUAAGCUUGUGUUAGGGACAAAAAUUAUCUGUGCUUCCUUCCUAAUUCAUAUUUCCUCGCAACCUUUACUGCUUUCUGAUUGAUUGUUACUAUUUUCAGUUUAACUACUUUCUGUGCCCGGAGGUCAAAAUCUUGUUACUAUGAUGAUUUGUGCGCUUUCAACUUAGUAACUUGAAUGUGAAGUUUCCUUCACUUCCGUCUUUUUCCUUU